AAGCAGAACAGACCAAAGUAUUGAGAACUCAAAUGCUUCUUCACAGAUCUCACCCUCUCCUCCUCAAACCAUUUUCGACUUCAACAACUGCUCUCACUUGGAGAACCCAAAUCAAACAAAACCAGCUUGCCUCCCAAAUCUCAUCCAUUCUCUUACAAAGGCACAACUGGGUCCCUCUUCUCCAAGACCUCAAUCUCUCCAGACUAACCCCAUCACUCUUCCUCCAAAUCCUCCACAGAACUCAGAGCAACCCUCAAAUCUCUCUCAGCUUCUUCAAUUGGGCCAAAUCAAAUGUUGGGUUUCAACCAGACCUCAACUCUCACUGCCAGCUCAUCCAACUAUCGCUCAGCUCGGGUCUUGUCCCACCCGUGAAGACCCUCUUGGAUUCUCUGAUUCAGUCCCACCCUGCAUCAGUGCUUUUACAGUGUCUUAUUCGAGUUUGUAGAGGUAGAGAUUCUCAGUCUAAAGUGUUAAGCUUUGUUCUUGAAUGGUAUUCUCAAAAGGGUUUGUUUGUUGAGGGGUUAGAAGUGUUUAGGGAAAUGAAAGUUCAUGGCUUUACACCUUCAGUUUGUACCUGCAAUGCACUGCUUGAUGCUUUAUUGCGAAAAAAUGAGAUUAAACUUGCUUGGUGUUGUUAUGGUGCUAUAAUUCGUUGUGGGGUUUUGCUGGACCGGUCUAUGUGGUCACUGGUUGCUCAGAUUUUGUGUAAAAAUGGGAAAUUUGAGACAGUUUUUAGAUUGUUAGAUUUGGGUAUUUAUAAUUCUGUUAUUUAUAAUCUUGUUAUUGAUUGUUAUGGUAAAAGUGGGGAUUUUGGAGCUGCGUUUGCUACCUUGAAUCAGAUGUGUGAAAGAAAAAUUGAUCCAGGUUUUAGUACUUAUAGCUCAAUUCUUGAUGGGGCGUGUAAAUAUGAGAAUGCUGAAGUCAUUGAGAAGAUAAUGAGCAUUAUGGUGGAGAAGGAGCUGCUUCCAAAGACUCCUUUAUCGGAAUAUGAUUUAAUAGUUCAGAAGUUUAGUGACUUGGGCAAGACUUUUGCAGCAGAGAUGUUCUAUAAGAGAGCUUGUGCUGAGAAGAUUGGAUUACAGGAUGCUACUUAUGGGUGUAUGUUAAGGGCAUUGUCUAAGGAAGAGAGAGUAAAGGAGGCAAUUUUGGUAUAUCGUUUGGUAUCAGAAAGGGGUAUUACGGUGAAUGAUAAGAGUUAUCAGGCCUUUUUAAAUGUUCUUUGUAUGGAAGAUCAGUUGGAGGAAGGUUGUGAAUUGUUAAGGGAUGUCAUAAGAAAAGGGUGUACUACUUGUUCAAUGGAAUUGUCUAAAUUUGUAGCAUCACAAUGUAGUAAAGGUAGGUGGAAAGAGGCAGAGGAAUUGGUGGAUGUAAUUUUUGAUAAAGGGUUAUUACUGGAUUCUUCUUGUUGUUGCUUGUUGGUGAGGCAUUACUGCUCCAGCAGACGAAUUGAUUCAGCUAUUGCAUUGCAUAUUAAGAUGGAAAGAUUGAAUGUGAGUUUGGAUAUAGCAACUUAUAAUGUGCUUCUCAAUAGACUUUUCAGAGCAAGGAGGAUUGAAGAAGCAGUCAGGGUAUUUGAUCACAUGAGAGGGAAGAAUUUGGUGAGCAGUGAAAGUUUUACGAUUGUGAUUCGUGGGCUUUGUCGCAUAAAGGAACUCAGAAAAGCUAUGAAAUUUCAUGAUGAAAUGUUGAACAUGGGGCUUAAACCUGCUCAAGCAACGUACAAGCGUUUGAUAUCGGGGUUUAAGUAACAACCUGUUUUGGAAGACAUCAGGGUUUAAGUAACAACCUCUUUCGGAAGACAUUUGCAAUUUGUCUGGUUCUUGACAUUAUGGUUGGAGUCUGUACCAAUUUUAUUGUAACCAUCCCUUGUAAAUUGGCCAGCAUAGCCUGCAGACCAUGGACUAUAGUUAUUAUAAUGCCAUGAGUCUCUUUGUUUCUUUUCCAGAAUGCUUAUAAGAUUCAAAUUAAAAUAUCCAAACAUCUCUUGAGAUGUGAGACAAAGAAGCUUACAUGUAUUCUAAGAAAGAGAGAAUGAAAAGUUCCGCUUCCUCAGUUCCUGUAUAUAGCCAUGAUUGCAGUACC